AUGGUUCCAUUAGCAUAUUAUGGUCAACAUUUUAUGCCAUUAUACAUUUUUUACCAACUGGCCACAACCAAUCCAUUGACACACUAGUACAUACUAGUACAUGAUAAACGAAAUCAAAUUAAUGCCCAACCUGUGACCAGAAUGGAAUCAUAUAGCAACCAAUCAGUCGUGUUGCCACUAGACUCCAAUCAGAAGGUCCAGAGCUGUUCAAUAUCUCCCUUUCACAUGUCUCAGACCAAACCUUUACAAACAUUCUGUACCAGAGUUCUUAAAUCACUAUCCAAUCUCAAACAUCAAAGUACACCAUUACUAGACCGCGAAUGGAGAACCCCUUCACUGGGACCUAAUCAUAGAAUCUUGAGGUCACCCUUUUCUUACCCCAAACUUCAGACGACAUCUUUGCUUGACCUCAGAUUAUCACCAUCAUCACUGGAGCCUAAUCAAAUAACCCUAAAUCCACCAUUCCCACUCCCUAAAUCUUGGAAUAUAUCUUCCCAGGACAUUUGCUGGUCAUCACCUACACUGAAGUCUGAUUAAAGAAUUGAAUCAUCACUAUACCUUCUCCAACAUCAAGAAACAUCUUCCACAGGUAUCUUUUGGACAUCAUCUUUUUGGAGGCCCAAUCAGUCUACUCAGAGUUUGCUGUUGUUCCAACCCAAAUCUCAGACAAUACUAACACUUGAUUUUGACUACCACAGCCUGAGAUCUCCAGUUUGUCAUUCCAAGCUUCAGAAGACCUCGACAACAAGUGCCAAAUAGAGAGUAAGACUCCCUCUCACAGCAACCCAAACAAAUGUCUUGGGUCAAUUACCAUCCCUCUCUGGGCACUGCGUGGAGGACAGGGCUGUUUCAACAGUUCAUCUCAAACUCCUUAAUAAAAAAAGUUAUCGCUUUUGUACAGACAGAGAAUCAAAGAAAGAACAGUCGUGGACUUUAGAUCAUAUUCGACCCUGCAUUGUUAAAGGUGGAACGGUCCCUGAUGAUGUGGUCAAUAAAAUUAUCAAUUCUAUCCCCAAGACCAGAAUUCAGAGGGAUCUCUCUAGGCAGAUUCUCUUUCGAAGGAUGAGGGGAAGACCAAAUCCUCGUCCAGGUCCCCGUAUUUCAUCGAGUUACAUGGUUUGUUUACUUUGUGCUUCCUGCAUCAAGGUCCAUUGUAACCAUCUCACGGGAAGGACAGAUCCACGAGUUGCAACACUGUUGGUCAUACCAACACCGGAGUCCAAUUCGGAGGGCAAAAUAAAGAUAAAACUCUUUUCUGUUCUUUCUCUACCGAAGAUCACUUGCUCAUCUUCUCCUGCGGAAGAAGAGCAGCCUGAUCAAGUCGCUGAAGAUAAUCUCUCUGAGAUGGGGAAUAGAUCACAGAUUUCCCUCACCUCUGCACCUAAUCGCACCCCGGGACCUAACAUGAAGAAAGAUUGCUUGACUGUACCUGCCCAAAACAAAGUUAUAAAUCAACAGCCCCAGGCUAUCGACUGGCUCCUUCAUGUGAAAAAAAGUAACAAUUCUCAGCUAAAAUCCCAGAUUCCAUCCUCUUCUUCCUCUUCCUCAUCCUGUUCCUCCUCUUCUUCCUCCUCCUCCUCUCCUUUACCCUCCUCAUCCCCUAAUCUCAAAGAUGCCACUAUAUCUACAGGUUGUACGUUCAGUAAAGUACUUAGUCAUCACCCUUUGCCUCCAGGGGUCUCCUGGAUUGAAUUUAUAAAAAAUAAAAAUCACCAGCCAUUUCAAGGAAAACCACAUGAGAGUCAUUCACCACCUCUCAAAACGGGGCCUCUGAGGGACAGCACUACACUAAAAGAGAGAAAGUGGACAAAUAUACCGUUCAAAUUUUUCCAGACAAAGUUUCAAAAUGAAAGAAAUGCUAAUUAA